AUGAGUAAUAAUAGUAAUAAUAAUGUUUCUGUAUUUAUUUCCGAGGGUUUUAAUAACUGGAAAAAAGCUGUUGAAAGGUUUAAUAUGCACGAAAAUUCAGAAUUGCACAAAACUAAUGUAGUUAAAAACUCUUUUAUUAAAAGAAAUGCAAAUAUAUAUGCACAAAUAUCGGAUAGUCAUAAAAAGUCUAUGGAAGAAUCUAGAUUAGCUCUUGAUAAAAUAAUAUCUUCAGUAUUUUUUUUGGCAAAACAAGGCUUAGCAUUAAGAGGGCAUACAGACGAAUCUGCAAAUUUAAAUCAGUUAUUAAAACUUCGAUCGGAAGAUUCGACUGAAUUGAAUAACUGGUUAGGUAGAACAAAAUAUAAGUGGAUUUCUCACGAUAUAAUUAAUGAAAUUCUUAGCAUGCUGUCAUUAGAAGUCAUUAGAAAUAUUAUCAAACAAAUUAAAGAAAACACAUUUUAUGCCAUUUUAUUAGACGAAACUAGUGAUAUUACUGUCAAAGAACAAAUUUCGUUUUGUUUAAGAACAGUGGACAAAGAAUCGUUGGAAAUCGAAGAAUAUUUUAUGGGUUUUUACGAAACGCCUAAAACAGAUUCUGAUACUCUUUUCAAAAUUCUGAAAGAUAUUUUGUGUAGAUUGGAAUUAGAUUUUUAUAAUAUUAGAGGACAAUGUUUUGAUGGUGCUAGCAAUGUUUCUGGAAUUCAUAAAGGAUUACAAGCUAGAAUAAAAGAAAUUGAACCAAGAGCAUUGUUUGUUCACUGUCAAGCUCAUUCUUUAAAUCUUGUUACCCAAGAUAGUAUGCGAAAUGUAAAAAAUGCUAGAGAUGUACUAAAUUUUAUAAGAGAAUUAAUUACAUUUAUUAAACAAUCACCUAAGAGACUAUCUUGGUUUAAAACGAAUCAAAAAGACGAAAAUAUGACAUCUCUAAGACCAUUUUGUCCUACUAGAUGGACGUUACGAUAUACUUCUCUGUGCUCUGUUAUGGAUAACUACAAUGAGCUAUUGACAUUUUUGUCAGAUUUUUCAAAAACUGAACACAAUGAUGCAGAUUCAAAGGCAAAUGGAUUUUUCAAACAAUUAAAAACUGCAGAUACUUAUAUAAUGCUUAAAAUAGUGAUAAGUAUUUUUAAACACAUGGAGACUACAAAUACAGUAUUGCAAAGUAAAUCAUUAGAUUUUAAACUUUCUGUUCAAAUUUUGAAUACUUUAGAAGAUACUAUUUCAAAUUUGAGAGAUACAUUUCACAUUUUAUGGAAAUCUGCAAAGAAAGAAUGGUCAGAUUUAAAAUUAGAUGCACCAAAGGAAUCUAGAAAACGAAAAAAACCUCAAAAAUAUGAAGACGGAGUAACGAAGUCCUUUGAAUUUUCACCUGAAAGUAAAUAUAAUCAAAUAUAUAAAGAAAUCAUUGAUCAUAUACUUUCUGGCUUACAACUAAGAUUUAACUCUGAAAUUCGAUCAUUUUUAUGUAAUGUGGAAAUGUUUUUAAUUGAUCCAAAAAUAUCUCCCGAAAUAAUAUGUACAUUUUACAAGGAUGAUAUAAAUAUUGAUAAGCUAAAACUUCAUAGAGAUAUGUUUCAUGAUAUAAUUAAAGGCCAAGGAUUAAUUGUUUCAUCAUUCGCAGAUAUAUUAAAUAUUUUUAAAAAUAAAUCGUAUUUAGUCAUUCAUUUAACAGAGCUCAGGAAAUGCAUACAAUUGAUAUUAACAGUACCAGUUACUACAUGUACUACCGAACGAUCUUUUUCUAUGUUGAGGAGGUUAAAAACUUAUACCAGAAGUACCAUGACGCAGACCAGCAAGAGACUCGAAUGGGCUGGGCACUUAUGGAGGAAGAAUGGCAUAUGCAAGCAAGUUCUGAUGGGCAGAAUCAAUGGUAGAAGACCCAGAGGCCACCCUAGACAUAGAUGGAUGGACACUGUAAAAUCAGAUCUAGCAGAGAUUGCACCAGAAACAGAACUAGCAGAAAGUGAAAAUAAAGAGAAGUGGCAAGAAAUAGUGGAAGCAGCAAAGGCCCUUAAUGGGCUAUAA